CCGCAAGCUGCGAUUCAACCUAGACCUUGCAGGUUAAAAUGAAGAAAACGGUCGUCAACCUCGAUAAAUUCAUUCAAGAUUUUAGUCUACUGGAGCAAAAAAUAACAGAACUGCGAGGGAAGAAUAACAUUCUUCAAAUAAAACUGGACGAAGCCAACAUACUUCUAAAACUGUCACAAAAUAAGGAAAAAAAUUUAACUGAAGAGAAAAACGGAUUGUUGGGAAGCAUUAAAUGUCUUCAGCACAGCUUAGAACAACAGUGUAACCUUCGAGGUGAAAAUGAAAAUCUGAAAACUGUAAUAGUUCAGUUGAAGAAGCAAAAUGAUAAACAAGUUGAGGAGAGCAAAGCUUGUGUUCAAUCACUGCAGUGUGAAAUGGGAGCGUUGCAAGAGCGACACCAGAGGGAGCUGGAGGACUGUGCUGCAGAUACAAAAAGGAAACUGGAGUCUAAGAAUGUUGAAAUGAAAGCAAUUCUGGACAAAAAGGAGUGUGUAAUAGAAGCGAUGAGACAGAAAAUGAAGGACCAGGAGAAAGAAAAGCAAAGUGAAGGUUUAAAGCUGCAAAUGGAGUUCAGUGCUAAGCUUGCAAGGGCUCAGUCUAUGACACUAAAGAGCCAGCUACAGCCACAAGCAUCUGGAGUCAUACCUCAACACAUCUUUAAAAGAAAGCUGCAGUUUCUGCAGGAGGAGAAGAACAAAGAAAUUGAGACUCUGCGUCAAAGAGUUAAAGAGCUGGAGCAGCAAAGCCUGCGCAACUUCUUCGAGCCUCGCUUAAAAAGGAGGAAAAUCUGACCAGCUGUUUUACCUACUGUAACGUAGCCAGUGUGGCACCAAGCAUUUCAUGUAUACAGCGCAAUGUUCCUUAACACAAUGCUACAUGAUUUAUUUUGACAUUUUAAAAUUGUUUGUCUGGUUUUGCAUUUAAUUAAUGGCAGUAUAUGAAAAGUUGUAUUGCAGAGUCUAAUAAACAAAUGCUCAGUGCAUGUCA